AUGCUUAGACGUCGAGCUCUGGAGAGUCCGGGGGCCGUCGCGCCGACUCACGAGAACCAGAAUGCCCCGAGUUUCACGCCCCUGGUGGUCUUCUCCGUUGCCCUGCUUCUUAUCUCCGGGGCCGUCGCCACGGGGUUUCUCUUGUCUGCCGGGAAGUCACCGCAGCCCCACAUUGUGUUCAUUCUUGCGGAUGAUCUGGGCUGGAACGAUGUGAGCUACAACGGCUGCCCCCAGAUUCGAACGCCCAACAUUGACGCCCUGGCCUGGAAUGGCGUCCGACUGAGCAGGUACUACACCCAGGCCCUCUGCACACCUUCGAGGGCCACGCUCAUGACCGGACGCUAUCCUAUUCACACCGGCAUGCAGCACAGCAUAAUCUUCAACGAGGAACCCAGGGGUCUGUCUUUGAGCUUCAAGCUCCUGCCGCAGUGGCUCGCGGAGCGAGGAUACACCACGCAUAUGAUCGGAAAGUGGCAUCUAGGCUUCCACAAGACCGAAUACACACCGACAAAGCGUGGAUUUCACCGACACGUUGGCCUUUGGGGCGCCUUCGUCGACUACUUCACUCACGAGAAAACGUACAGGGGGCCGGGUGGAGAUACAGGUCUGGAUUUUCGUCGGGAUCUUUCCAUAUCACCGAACGAGUCCGGCACGUACAUCACCCAACUCUUGACAAGAGAGGCCAAAGCCGUAAUCGCAAACCACCCCAUCGACAAGCCUUUAUUCCUAUACUUGGCCCACCAAGCACCACACUCGGCUAAUCCGGACGAACGCUUGCAAGCUCUCAAGGAACACAUCGACCAAUAUCGCGACAUUGGGUCCUGGAAAAGAACACUUUAUGCUGGCAUGGUGUCGGCCCUCGACGAAUCUGUGGGCAGCGUGUUCGAGUCCCUCAAUCAUCGGGGCAUGCUAGACAACACCGUCUUUGUGUUCAGUUCGGACAAUGGCGCGGACACCGACAGUGCCACCGCCAACUCGGCCUCUUCGUGGCCCUUCAGAGGUCAGAAAUACACACCCUGGGAAGGCGGAGUGCGCGCACCGGCCGUCAUCUGGAGCCCACUUUUCUCUGGCUUACUGGGAUCCGUAUACAACAACAUGUUCCACAUCUCUGAUUGGCUUCCGACGCUGUAUCAACUUGCCGGUGGCCUUGCCGAAGGAAUGGCCGACGACAUCGACGGCUUGAGCCACCUGCAUUCGCUCACUGGUGGAACCGAGCCCCCAAGGCACGAACUGCUAAUCAACAUCGACCCCGUGGAAAAUUACUCGGCAAUAAUUGAAGGCCAUUUCAAGCUGGUCAAAGGUCGUGCGUCGGGCAGUGCUUUUGACAAGUGGUAUUCGAUUCCCGGAAACGUCACAUGGGAUUCGGACAUGCCUCGAAAGCAGUGCGAAAGCUCCGUGGUCGUCCGAGUGUUGAGGAACAUCGGUUUGAGUCCCGUGUGCGGUGCGGGCCGCACGCGUUACGCCGUUCCCGUUGAUUGUGGCCAGAGGGACCCUAGAGAGAAGUCGUGUGCACCGGAGAGGUCAGCCUGCCUUUUUGAUUUGUCGAAGGACCCCUGCGAGUACAAUGAUGUUUCUGGCCAGCAUCCAGAGGUUGUGGAGCGCCUUCUGAAAAAAUUGGCUGGCUAUGAGGCCACCGCCCUGAAACCAGCGAACCUACCCGAUGACCCACGAUCGAACCCAGGCUUGCAUAAUAACGUCUGGGUUGCAUGGAACGAUGUUUCAGGGCCCAACUUGACAAGAUGA